AUGGAAUCUCUGGAGAAGGUGAAUGCCAAGCUUUUGGCUGAUUUGGAAGCAGCCGACAAGGAGAGCCAGGAAGCGCUUGAGACUAUGCAGAAAGCCCUUGAGUCUGCCAAGGCGGGCAAUGACACUGUUGUUUCUGAGAGGGGAAUUCCUUCUGCAGAGACUAAGCAGAACAAUCCUCAAUCAGAGUUAUAUGCGCUCAAAACCAAGUAUGCUGAUGUUUUUGCCAGUUCUGCCAAGAAGGAUGAAGACCUGCAAAUUGUUCGAACAGAAAUGGAUUCAUUGCAAAAGGUGAAUGCCAAGCUCCUUUCUGAUCUGGAAGCAGCAGACAAGGAGAGCCAACUAGCCCUUGAGACUUUGCAAAAAGCCCUUGAGUCUGUCAAAACAGAGUAUGAAAACCUUGCUUCUGGUGGUGAGGAACGUUCCAAGAAGAAAAAGCGAAGUGACCUGAAUGCUGAAAUAGCUGGGCUCAAGGCUGAGUAUGCAACCGUCUUGGCCCAUUCCUUGCAAAAAGACAGAGUGGUUGAGGCUGCCAAGAGAGACAUGGAAUCUCUGGAAAAGGUGAAUGCCAAACUUUUGGCUGAUUUGGAAGCAGCAGACAAGGAGAGCCAGGACGUCCUCGAUUCUAUGCAAAAGGCUCUUGAGUUGGCCAAGGCAGGCAAUGACACUGUUGUUUCUGAUAGGGGAAUUCCUUCUGCGGAAACUGGGCAGAACAAUCCUCAAUCUGAGUUAUAUGCGCUCAAAACCAAGUAUGCUGAUGUUUUUGCCAGUUCUGCCAAAAAGGAUGAGGACCUUGACACACUGCAGACUGCUCUUGAAUCACUGAGGGUGGAAAAUGCCAGCCUUGUUUCUAAGCUUGAGAAUUUGGUCAAUGAAGAAGCGGCACAGAAGCCCCAGGCUGACGUGGAUGGGCUCAAGGCUGAGUAUGCUGCAGUCUUGGCAAGUGCAACCAAGAAGGGAGCAGAACUUGCCACAACUCGGGCACAGUUAGAGUCAUUACAGAAGGUCAAUGCCAAGCUCUUGGCUGAUCUAGAAAAUGGAGACAAGGAGAACCAUGGAGCCCUGGAGACUCUGCAGUCCGCACUUGAAUCUGAAAAGGCUAAGGCAGCUGCUGAACGUGAAAUGUCGGUGAAUGAGAAAUUUGACCUGGAACAAAAGCUGCAGACCAAUCAGACAGAGAUGGAGUCAUUGAAAGACGCCCAUGCAAAGCUCAUUACUGAUCUCGAAGAUGUGUGCAAGGAGAGUCAAGAUUCUCUGGAUACUUUGCAGGCUGAACUGGAGGCAACCAAAGAACAGAACGUGAAGCUUACUGCUGAGCUUGAGUCAGGGGUCUCCAACGUUCUCUUGGAGACCCAGUUGCAGGAACAGAUUGCUGACAACAAAAGGCUAGAAGAGGUUGUGUCACGCCUCAAAGAGGAAGUCAAGGCCAAGGAUGAAUUGAACAAGAGCCUCACAGCCAACGUGGAGGAGAUGGGCCGACAAAUAGAAGUCACGGAAAAAAUUGCCGGUGAGCACAGGAGAGCAGUGCAAGAAAAUGCUACGCACUUUUAUAUAAGAGUAUUAGGUUAA